GGAGCGACACGAACAACCGCUAAAGCAGGGUUCUGAAAUCAAAAUAGAGAUCAAAUAAGAAAAAGAACCCGAAGUGGAAGCAAAGUACCUUGUUCUUUCUUUUCUGCCUUUAACUGUCAACAACGGAAAGCUGAUAAAUCUUGUAACGAAUGGGACUGAUUAAGAUGGUAAUAGAGUUGUGGAGGACUCUCCAUUUCGUUUGUUCAGUACAAUUCUGGAGAAUGGCGUUGAUUUGGACCCUUUCUAUUCUGUUUUCUUAUUACCAAUUGUUUAAAGCUUAUCUAUUCUCUCAGAAAGUGGUGUCCUAUCCCAGGUGUUCCCCUUCCUUAACUCCUUUUAGGCCUGUUUGCGUAGUCACUGGUGCAACAUCUGGUCUGGGAUUGGUUACUGCUUAUGAGCUUUCGAAGGAAGGAUAUGUUGUUGUGAUUGUUGGACGUUCACAGCAGUUGUUGUCAGAGACCAUGAGAAAAAUCAAAGGGUGGAAUGAAGAUGCCCACCUCAAAGAUUUUCAGGUUGAUCUGUCAUCAAUUGAGUCAAUCAUAAAGUUCAAGAUGUCCUUGCGACAGUGGCUUUUGGAUUCUGAUUUGCACUGCUCUGUACAAAUACUGAUAAACAAUGCUGGAAUACUUGCAACAUCGCCUAGAGCCACAGCUGAGGGUUUUGAUCAGAUGAUCGGUACAAAUUAUAUUGGCGCAUUCCUUUUAACCAAGCUUCUAUUGCCUCUUCUUGAAAACAGCCCUGUAUCUUCCAAAGUUGUGAAUGUAACAUCCUUUACUCAUCGAGCUGUUUCUGAUGUGCAGGUUAAUGAGAGUACUGUAUCUGGGAAGAAAUUUUUGAGAUCAAAACAAUAUCCAUGUGCUCACAUCUAUGAGUAUUCUAAAUUGUGCUUACUUCUCUUCUCAAACGAGCUUCACCGACAUAUUUGCCUACUGGGAAAAUCUCAUCAGAUAUUUGUCACUGUUGCGGAUCCUGGAAUUGUGCAGACAAACAUCAUGCGAGAAGUUCCAGCAAUCCUAUCUUGUUUGGCAUUCUUUAUAUUGAAACGUCUACGCCUAUUGCAAUCCCCAGAAUGUGGGGUUGACUCAAUUAUCGAUGCUGCACUUGCCCCGCCUGGAACAUCAGGAGCUUACUUUUUUGGGGGGAAAGGUAGGACUAUCAACUCUUCAGCACUUUCACGAAACGCCAAAUUAGGCCGUGAGCUUUGGGAAACUACAUGUAAUCUCCUAUCAGGGACUCCUUUUGGUGCCGAGAUAAACAGCUGUUAGCACUGGAUAUCAGGUCAUAUCCUAAGCAAAGUGAAUAGAUGGCAGUUCCCCUGUCUAGAUUGAAGUAGUAACUUUUUGCACUGCCCCUUUUCUUAAUUGCAUUACCUUUAAAAAAAAUUGUAAGUUUUAUUCUUAAAAUACUUUUACAGUGGUUUUAGACAUAAUAAGAUUAAUUCAUAAUGCGUCACU